AUUUCCGAUCGUUCGAAGUUCAUAGUCUAUAUCGUAGGUUCUCUCUAAAGGAAAACAUGGUGAAGUUACAUUAUUUCAAAAAUCAACGUUACAGCAAGCUUAAGGGACAAUGCGAAAGAGAUGAAAGACUUUUUGUGGAUCCUGAAUUUCCGCCCGAGACGAAAUCAUUGUACUUUAGUCGAGCGACACCUCCCGAGCACGUAGAAUGGAAGAGACCCAAGGACAUCUGUACUCCUGACCCUCCUCAGCUGUUUGUGGAUGGAAUGAGCAGCCAUGAUGUCACCCAAGGCAAACUUGGGAAUUGUUGGUUUGUUGCAGCAUGUUCCUCAUUGGCUUUGGAGCCAUCUCUGUUAGAGAAGGUGAUUCCAGAUAUAAAGCAUCAAGAGUGGGACCCUGAAAAUGUUGGUAAUUAUCAAGGAAUCUUCAGGUUCCGGUUCUUCCGUCAAGGUCAAUGGACUGAAGUUGUCAUUGACGAUCUUCUGCCAACAAUUGCUGGAAAACUGGUGUAUAUCCACUCAACAGACAAGAAUGAGUUUUGGAGUGCCCUAGUGGAAAAAGCAUAUGCUAAAAUGGCAGGUUCAUAUGAAGCAUUAGAAGCAGGUAAUACUGGUGAUGCCUUAGUAGAUUUCACUGGUGGAGUCUGUGAGUCGAUCAGCCUUAAGGAUGGAGGUUACAGUCAAGAUCAGGAGAAGAGACUGGUCUUGUUCAAAAGUAUGCAAAGAGCAAUGCGAGAUAAAUCCCUGAUUGGUGCUUCAAUAAGAAUCAAAAAUAGAGAUGAGAUGGAAAAGCGCACAGAGACUGGUUUAGUUAUGGGACAUGCAUAUGGUGUCACAGCAGUAAAGAAGAUCACCAUCGGUGAGGGUCUUUUCAGUCUGUUCAAUCGACAACAUCUUUACAUGAUUCGUCUGAGGAAUCCUUGGGGUCAAAAGGAGUGGAAUGGACCUUGGAGUGAUGACUCUGAAGAGUGGAAAAAGCUUAAAUCAAGUGAUAGAGAAAAGCUUGGGAUUGUCUUUGAAAAUGAUGGAGAGUUUUGGAUGUCUUUUGAAGACUUCUGCUCACACUUCACCAAUGCCACCUUGUGUCAUGUCAUCAACACAUCAAUAUUUUCACUCUCAAACAGAUGGCAUGUGUUUAAACACAACUAUCAAUGGUCACCAGGCUCCACUGCUGGUGGGUGUGUUGAAAAUAGAAGCACUUUCCUGAAGAACCCACAGUAUGCUUUCACUGUAAAAGAGGAGGGAGAAGUGAUGAUCUCGCUGAUGCAGGAAGACACAAGAAAAGCGAAAGAACAUGGCGCAGAAAACCUCACCAUUGGAUAUUUUGUUAUGAAGGUGGAAGAGAACAGAAAGUAUCGGUUACAUACGAUGUUUGAAAAAGCUGGAGAUUCUAUCUUCAUCAACGCACGAGAAGUGGUGAACAAGUUUCACUUUAAGAAAGGAAGAUACGUGGUGAUACCAUCCACAUACGAGCAAAACAAAGCUGGUCAAUUCCUGAUGAGAAUAUUCACUGAAAAGUCCUCAAAAGCAAUGUUUCUAAACCAGGAGCACUCCACCGGAAGUAAAAUAUUUUGCUGCUUCCCACAGUGUCGUACUCCUGUCUGCGUGCUUUCCGUUACCGUUAAAUCAGCUGGUGGACUUCAAAAAACCAGCAGACUAUCAAUGACACCUGAUCCAUAUGCCACGAUCAGCUGUGAGGGACGGAAAGUCAAGACUCCUGUGCAGAAAGACUCUUUGAAUCCACAAUGGAAUACUGGCGCGCUUUUUUUUGUCAGAAGACCUCAAAAAUCUCGCUUGGUUGUACAGGUGUGGGAUUACAACUGGUUCUGGGACUCGUUCAUGGGUCAAGCCAAGAUAGCAAUUGAUAUUAACAACAAAGCCGUGACAGAAACACAUCAGCUGAUGGGAAGAAGACGAAAUCACCAAGUACAAAUGCCGGGUGUUGUCACCGUGGAGGUCAAAUGUUACCAGGAUCUGCUUGCCAUCUAAUUAUAUGAAUUGUAUUGUUUUGUUGUGAACGAUAGAUCUUAUCAAUGUCAGCUCUUAUCUGACCGAAGGGAAGUAGUAAGGAGUUAAUUGUACUUGAACUCUCUCCAUUUACUAGUUGUGGUCGCAUUUUAAGACGUAGUUUCUGCAGAAAGUAGAUACUGACAUUACGCAAGUACGCGCGUACUUAGUUCCAAUACCGCCCUUUUUUUUUUCUUUCUUUCUGUUGUUUUUUAAGGUGGCUGUCACCUGUUUCUUUGGCGCGAGAUUUCUAACCCGAAGAACCAAAAACAAAUAAGGCAGUGUGUAGCUUUUUUCUGUCAUGAUUGCUUUUUUGAUAAUUAUUUAAAACAUUUUAGGCUUUUGCCAUAGUAACUACAAAUGACAUGAUAACACUCGAUUUGGACAGACUUUAACUUAUUUAACUCAAACCUAUGAAAAACGUGGAAACUGGUACGAGCUUCCUUCGUACCAAAGAGCCGGAAUUGGAGAUGAGCAGAGAUUGACACUCAAAUUUCAACCCAUUCGCGAAUAGCCGCACUGGCGCUUGAAUAUAUAAGGAUCCUAGUAUAUGAAAUGGCGGGCUAGUCUGGCCUGAGCCAGGUACCUCAUUUCGGAUAGGGAUGGGGCUGAAUAAUUCAGCACUGGUAAAAAGGGAAACUUUUUGCGAUUAUCAUAUGAAGACCUUUGUGGAAUAUUUUCAAUGACAUAAAGCCGCAGUACAAUAUAUAGAAAAUUGGCAUGCUUUUAAAUUAAAGGUUUCUCUAAGGGAAAUUGUUCAUAUUUCGGACAACAGAUAUCGUUGACAAACCACGAUCUAGAACAGUAUUUCGUUGUUGAAACAACUGGAGUUCGUGUAAUUCAUUACACUUUUGAUGAACCAUUAAUAUUCUAUUUGACACAAUUUUUGUAAGUGGAGGGGCAACUUUUAAUAAUCGUUUUUGUAGAAGUUAAAUCAAAACUAUUUUUCUAGUCGCCAGGAAAGCAUUACAAACCGCACUUAUUAACAGUUAUUGUAUUUCCCAGUUAAACGCCAGGUACUUUCAUUAACUUGAGCUGGGCAUUGGAAACGCAAUGAGCGAACUUGAGCUCUCUCGCUGAAUUACAGCUUCGCUGGUUUCUAAUGAAUAGUUGUCUGAAAUAUUUCACUGGCAUGCUAAAUGCUUCUAGGAAGAUAAUGUUUACUUAUCUUAGAAGUGUAAGCUCGUAUACCGUAGUUAAUAUAUUUCUAAGCUUUUAUGUGAGCUAUAACUUAUUUUGAAGUAUUUAACACACACUACAAACUUUAUUAGACACUUUUACACAAAUGAUACAAAAGAAAAGCAAGAACCUUAAAUGGUGUGUACCAGUGAAAAGUUUUGCCAUUUGUAUUACAGAUGACAAAAGAUAGAAAUUUUACAGCUACCAAAUUGCAAACGAAGAAAAAACUAUCGUUACGACCGCAAGUUUGUUGUAGUAAAGGGUGGAGCUGGUUAGUUCUUUAAAUUUUUUCUCUAUACUACUAUCGUAAGAAUUUUGUAACACUCUUAUGUGGAUUGGGGAAUUAAUGAGAAAUAAAUUUUCAAAUUCGAAGUGAA